AUGGCAUAUAAUGAGCACCCGUUUUUAACAGAUAUAAAGGUCACCGACCCAACUCCUAUGCCCGACAAUGUGCCUAAGGUAGACGAAGUAGGCGCAACCUCGGCACCGUUAAAGUCAGCCUCUUUCUUUAUUGGGGGUUUUUGUAAAGACUAUAAUGAAGAUUUCAUGCUUUGCAAAAAUGAAAACAACGAUCCAGCACAUUGUCUAAAGGAAGGACGAAAAGUUACUCGAUGUGCUAUCGAUUUGUUAAAAAAACUGCGGGAAAAUUGCGAUAAACAGUUUGAGGCCCAUUGGCAGUGUCUGGAUAAAAACAACCACGAAUUUUAUAUGUGUCGCCCCGAAGAGAAAAUAUUCAAUGGUUGCGUUCUUAAUGCAUUGAAUCUAAAGAAAGUUAUCCCAGGCUCACCAGAAGGACAAACGCCAAUCAAUCUAAAAGAAAAUCCCAUAUACAGGCCGCGGCCGCGGACGUAG